AUGCUGUGCGCUCUCCACGCAACGCGCCUGAGGGACCUCCUUGCAGCGAAGCCGUUCUCUAUAUCAUGGCUCAGCGCGUCUGUGUCAACGCAGGACGUCAAGCUCUUCUUGCUAUCACAUCGGGCCAGCGCUGAAGUCGUCAAGGACCUUCUGCGUCUCGCCCGUGGCGCUGAAAGCAAGAAGCGCAUCUGGGUAUUCGACUUUGAGGGCCUGGUCAUUACUAGAUCUGGUGUCGCUCCCGUGCACACUGAGGUGGGCGCUGUCAACUUUGCAGACCCAGCCCAUGUCCGCUAUAGUGGCUUUCUUAAGUACGCGCUUACUGCCGCUGCUAUGACACGAGAGAUCAAACAACAGGGUGCAAUCAGGUUCAAGAACGGCACAUUCAACACUCCAUAUGUCCAAAACUUUCUUUCAAACAUGUUUGAGGACGGCUUUGGAAAGGGGAAUUGCCUAUGGGAGCAUCGGGAGGCGCUCUUGCACCUUGGGUUCGGCGAGGAAGAAGAUGUCGUCAUACACUGGUCUCGCCAUCGGGUUGACUGUACAGGAGUGGGACGGAUCAUGCGUAACGAGACUGGCGUAGUCACACCGAUAUCAGACGUGUAUACGAAGAGCAGGACGAUUGACCCGCUUAAGAUCUGGAAAGCUUGUACAUCGUAUGAGGGGCCGUGUAGUCUGUCAGUUGUAUACCGCAUUAUGUUUCCAGGCGAAGGAUACGGCAUUCGGACUCAAGAUGGAUUGGCACACUGCAGAAUGGGACACUCUGGCAACGUGCCGACUAUUCAUCAAAUUAGUGCAGGGUCUUAG